AUGCCACCACCCAAAUCGGUCUUCACUUCCCAUGAGAGGAACGCGCUAAAAGACCGAUGGGGCUCCCAAACCACCCGCCUAACCCGUGACUCCUUUCUCCCCUUUGGAUCCUGCCAACUCUGUCUCCUCCCCUCCGUAGACCCCGUCUGCUGUCCCCAAGGCGACCUCUUCUGCCGCGAAUGCGCAAUGACGAACCUGCUCGCCCAACGCAAGGAAAUCAAACGCCUGGAAAAACUCGCCGAGCGUCUCAAGCACGAGGACGCGGACCAAAAGGCCCGCGAAGAGGAGGAAGCAAGAGUACGCGCCGUCGAGGACUUUGAAGCCGUGCAAAUGGGACUCUCAGUCAUGCCGGCGGCAGCAGCCAGAGGCACGAGCAAGGACAGACGGGAUGAGAACAGCAUCUCCCAGCAAGACCAACACCAUACCGACCCAACCAACCCCACCUCCCCACCCCCAAAAGGCACAAAGCGCAAAUUCGCCCUCGACGAAGAAGAACUAUCCCGCAUCGCCACCUCAGACCUCACAACCGCAAAACGCACCCUCGCCCACCAACGCUCCGCCUCCAAGCCCAAUCUCCCUAGCUUCUGGAUCCCAACCCAAACACCAACACAGCACCACCACUCCCCCGCCCCUCAAAAACUCUCCCCAACUUGUCCCGCAAGCUCCCCGCAAACCUCACAUUCGCUAUCCUUGAAAACCCUUAUCCCCGUACAUUUCCACCUCGAGCGUGACACCUCUGCCUCGGCAGCAACAGCAGCAGCACCACCCAAAACCCCAAACAUGCCCACUUGCCCAAGUUGCCAGAAACCCCUCUCAAACAGCACAAAAGCAUCACUAGCCAUACCCUGCGGCCACGUCCUUUGCAACCCCUGCGUCGCCAAGUUUCUAAACCCACAGCACAGACACCAGCGCGACGCGCAUGCCCAGCUGGCCGAGGAGGUUUCCCACGUUUUGCACUGUUAUGUUUGUGAUGCGGAGUUGGGUGGGGUCGGGCUGGGUAAGGCGAAGAAGGAUAGGGGGAGGGAAAAGGAAGGGGAGGGCAAGGGCAAGGGCAAGGAAAGUAGGGGGCGUGGGUUGGGCUUGGUGGAGAUUAGGAGUGAGGGGACGGGGUUUGCGAGUGCGGGGGCGGCGGUGGUUAGGAAGGAGGGGGUUGCGUUUCAGGUGUAG